GGAAGAGAAGGGAAGAAAGAAAAAAAAGGAGUGAGUUGAGUCGUCGGGGCGGGAGACAGGCGUCGGCCUGAGCCUUCCUCCCUCCCUCCCUCGACAGCAUUUGCACACGCACACGCACACCGACGCGCUCCCUCCUCUCCUCUCCUCUUGCCAAUUUUCUACUCCCUCCGCUUUCUGCCCGUCUCUCACCUGCGACCAGAUCUCGCCGCCCGCCACUGCGGCCCCGAACCCUGACCUAAUCCCCGGCCUACCUCCUCCGCGCCCCGGAUCUGCCCCCGCCCGCCGGCCAUGGACUCCGGCGGCGGGGCCACCGCCAUCCGCGUGCCCUACCGCCACAUCCGCGACGCCGAGACGGAGCUCGUCCGCCUCAACAGCGACGCCCAGCGGCCCAAGGAGGAGCAGCCCAGCGCGGUGGCGGGCGCGCCCAAGUACCGGGUCGUGCUGGCAUGCAUGGUCGCCGCCGGCGUGCAGUUCGGCUGGGCGCUGCAGCUCUCCCUCCUCACCCCAUACAUCCAGACUCUAGGAAUAGACCAUGCCAUGGCGUCCUUCAUUUGGCUUUGUGGGCCUAUUACUGGUUUUGUCGUUCAACCUUGUGUUGGAGUCUGGAGCGACAAAUGCCGCUCCAAGUACGGGAGGAGACGACCCUUCAUUCUCGCUGGAUGCGUGCUGAUAUGUGCAGCUGUAACUUUAGUCGGGUUUUCUGCAGACCUUGGUUACAUGUUAGGAGAUACCACCGAGCACUGCAGUACGUACAAAGGUCUAAGAUAUCGAGCUGCUAUUAUCUUCAUUCUUGGAUUCUGGAUGUUGGACCUGGCAAACAAUACAGUGCAAGGACCUGCCCGUGCCCUUCUAGCCGAUCUUUCAGGUCCUGAUCAAUGUAAUUCAGCAAAUGCGAUAUUCUGCUCAUGGAUGGCUGUCGGAAAUGUACUUGGUUUUUCAGCUGGUGCGAGUGGGAAUUGGCACAAGUGGUUUCCUUUUCUAAUGACAAGAGCCUGCUGUGAAGCUUGUGGUAACUUGAAAGCAGCUUUCUUGAUUGCAGUUGUAUUCCUUUUGUUUUGUAUGGCUGUUACCCUUUACUUUGCUGAAGAGAUACCACUGGAAGCAAAUGAUGCACAGCGAUUAUCUGACUCUGCUCCUCUACUGAACGGUUCUAGAGAUGAUCAUGACGCCUCAAGUGAACAGACUAAUGGAGGACUUUCUAACGGUCAUGCCGACGUAAACCAUGUCUCAGCUAACUCCAGUGCUGAGGAUCUUACAGAUGCAGGCUCCAACUCGAACAAAGACAAUGUUGAGGCUUUCAAUGAUGGACCAGGAGCAGUUUUGGUUAAAAUUUUGACUAGCAUGAGGCAUCUACCUCCUGGAAUGUAUUCAGUGCUUCUGGUUAUGGCCCUAACAUGGCUGUCAUGGUUUCCCUUUUUCCUUUUUGACACCGACUGGAUGGGGCGUGAAGUUUAUCACGGUGACCCAAAAGGAAACGCGAGUGAAAGGAAAGCUUAUGAUGACGGUGUCCGAGAAGGUGCAUUUGGUUUGCUAUUGAAUUCAGUUGUCCUUGGGAUUGGCUCUUUCCUUGUCGAUCCAUUAUGCCGGAUGAUUGGUGCAAGAUUGGUUUGGGCAAUCAGCAACUUCAUAGUGUUUGUCUGCAUGUUGGCUACAACAAUACUAAGUUGGAUCUCCUAUGACCUGUACUCAAGCAAGCUUCAACACAUUGUCGGAGCAGAUAAAACAGUCAAGACUUCAGCGCUGAUUCUCUUCUCUCUUCUUGGAUUGCCACUUUCGAUCACUUACAGCGUUCCGUUCUCGGUGACUGCUGAGCUGACUGCCGGAACAGGAGGCGGACAAGGUUUGGCUACUGGAGUCCUGAAUCUUGCCAUCGUCGCUCCUCAGAUAGUAGUGUCGCUCGGAGCAGGCCCAUGGGACCUGCUCUUCGGGGGAGGGAACAUCCCGGCAUUCGCCUUGGCCUCGGUCUUCUCACUGGCAGCCGGAGUUCUCGCGGUGAUCAAGCUACCCAAGCUGUCGAACAACUACCAAUCCGCCGGAUUCCACAUGGGCUGAAAACACAGAACCCAGAGCCGGAAGCCGGCUGCUGUGUGUAACAUCUACAGAUACUCAGCCUGAACACAACUAAACCCUCAUCCCCAUUUUGUCAUUCGUUUAUAUGGGAAAUGAUUCAUUUUGUCAGAUACACAAUAAGACUAAAGAUAAGAUAGAGAGUUUAGGAUAGAGAGGUAGUUAGGCAUGUGUGCAUAUGCAAAGUUGUAAAAGAUGUACACUGUUUUAUUUUUGGGUACUGUAUAUGUAGGUGAAGUUCCACAGAUGGCCGGAUGUAAAACAUGGUUUUGUGGUCUGAUAAUUUCUCUUGUUUUUUGGUC